UCAGUUAUCGUUAUGUAGUCACGGCCUGUGUGCCGAGGUAUGAAAAGUGGGGACGAGUUCAUGCGAAAUAUUCGCUGAGUAUUGCACGGCGAUGAGACAGACCGUUAAUCUCGGUGAAAAUCGGCGAGUGUUAAAAAUCGAUCGGCUGCCGGUCAAAGUCGAGGCACGUCUUGUCCGUCGGAUCUCGUUAGCUAACCGCAGCCGCUGCCUUAACCUCAUUUUUAUCCCACCAUCGUCACGUGUUUCAGCCACGACGUUACUAACGCUAUUUAAUUGAUAGAAUUACCAUUAGUGGAAUAUCUUAACCUCGAUACGUAUGACGCUCGCUCAACGCUUCAGCAACAGACGUCUCUUGGUAGAUGCUCUCGCCCUAACCUUUGGCAUUGGAGCAUGGAUCGGGGUCAACGGAAUUUUCGUCCAACUACCCCUGCUCGUCGAAAACGCCCCAGAGGAAUGGCACCUUCCCGUUUACAUGACGCUGGUCGUCCAGCUGGCAAACAUCGGUCCGAUACUUUACAGCUUUUAUAUCAAGUACAUGAGCCGGGCACAUGAUCAUCUGUUAAUAUACAUUCUCUUGGGCGGCGGUACGAUUGGAAUGAUUUGCUUGAUCUUUGUUCACGAGAACACGUCUCACAUAUUCGGCAAAGAGAGUUCCACGGCUCUGCUGAGUCUGAUGUUCGUUGCGGCGUUGGUCGGCUGCACCAGCUCGGUUCUCUUCAUGCCCUACAUGCGUAACUACAGAGAGAUAUACCUGGUCUCUUACCUCGUGGGCGAAGGGCUGAGCGGAUUUUUACCCAGUAUCAUAGCCUUGAUACAAGGGGUCGGUGGUAAUGCACAGUGUGUCGAAACGGCGAAUUCAACCGCCGAUAACCCCAGCUACACGGAGUACGUUCCAGACCCUAGGUUUUCGACCUCAGUGUUCUUCACCCUUCUCAGCGUCAUCCUGUUCCUAAGCUUCUCCGCUUUCAUCGCCCUAAAUACCCUUCCCAUCAGCCGCGGCGAACGCGUCAAGCCACCCGGAAGUACCGAAGCCCUUCCAACCGACCCCGACGCCGCCCCGACCUUCAAGAUUAAUUCGGGAUGGAAAAUGCCGAGGCGAACUUACAUCUACCUCUUGGUCAUGAUGGCCGUCAUAUGCGCCCUGGGAAACGCUGUGCUCUCAGGUGUACAGCCCUACGCCUGCCUGCCAUACGGCAACGUGGCUUAUCAUUUGGCCGUCACUUUGGGGGCGAUAGCCAGUCCUCUAGCCAUGUGCAUCGGCUUCGUCGUCAAGAAUCCCCGAGUCGACGUCCUGAGCCUUUUGACGGCGGGUAUCCUCGCCCUGGCAGGUUUCGUGUCUUACUUGGCAGUCAAGUCGCCUGCACCACCUAUGCAGCACAUGUGGAUUGGCGAAUUCGUCGUCGUCGUUGCCUGGAUAAUCGUCAGUGGACUUAUCGGUUUCGUUAAACUCGCCAUUACUACACUGUUUCGACCAGAUCCUGGCAGGGGAUUAUUCUACACGGGGGUGGCGACGCAGAUUGGCUCGUUAAGCGGGGCUGUGCUCAUGUACUGUUUAGUCAAAUUCGCCGACAUAUUUGUGAAGUACAAUCCUUGUGAUGACUUUGCAGGCGUUCCCAGCAGUUAGACAUGAUUCACACUCAUUCAGGAUGGACCUGGGAAAAGACUCUCAUAAUGCAAGAUUUUACACCGUGGAACAAGUAAAAACCUUCAGUCGUCAGUAUUUUUUAUUCGUAAUACUACCCGGGGACACGUUUGUUAUCAAUAUUUACUUUAUUGUAAUUAGGGAUAAGCAAUAGAGGAAACACUGAUGCCAAAAGUAUCUCUGUUAGAUAAUUGAAAUACCAAAUGUCUCGGACCAUUUUUUCGUCCAUCUGGAGAUGGAGUAUUAGAUAAAUCAAUUUCCAAGAACACACCACGCCGCUGCGUCUUCGCUGUUCACGACAAAGUGCAUGCACAUCAUGGUAUGCGCACACGAAUGCGUGUACUUGAUUUUUUCUCGACACGUACGCGGACGUAUGUUAUGUUCAUAAUUUCAUGUAGACAAUACGUAGAUGAAGUUUAUUUAUAAUUUAUAGCCUAUACUAGUGCGCAGUUUGAGAUAUGUCGGUCUGCGGUGUGCACGAAUUUAUAGUGCGCGUGCACAGGGUAAAAUAUUUAGGAUAUAUAUUAGGAUUUUCAUAAUUGCCAAUUUAGCUGGGGACAAAAAUGAUGUGCAUAUGUAUAUUUCAUUAUUAGCGAAAUCGGCAGGGGUAAUGUUGGGAAAUUAUUAUUCAUGCCGAGAGAGAUAAAUUACGUAAUCAAGUCGGAUAGGCGUAUUAAAAAAUGUGCGAGUUAUGUACUUUUGACAAUGGUUUUAAAAAUUUUAAUUUUCGUUAUGGAAUAAAUUUUCAUAGUUUAACACAUGUAUGUGGAUGAGAUGAGAUCGUAAAACGUAACAUUCAUCGGUUAUUUUUCACUCGACAAUUCGGUUUUACCUGGAAAAUUUUUUUCGUAUUUAAAAAAUUUUAUCAUCAAAGACCAUAAGGAUGUUCAUAGUACUUAAAGCGUCCUUACUCGUAUUAUAGAUAGAUAAUAAAAUUAUUUUCACGAAGGAAACCUCUGGAUAAUACAUUAUUUUUUGUUGACCAGUUUCAGCAAUAAAGACAUUUGUUAUUGUUAA